GGUGCUACUGGGUUCCUCCUCCGCUUUGAGACCGAGGUCAGGUGUGGGAGGGUGUAAGGGUUGGCAACACGUUCGAGACUGACAUAUUACACAUUAGAGAAUGCCGAAAUUAUUUCGAGAUCUAGUCGUCUUAGUAUUGAUUAUGACGACAUCAUGUAUCGACGCAACAGAGGACAAUGUCACAACAACGACAUUGAUUGCAACAUCGACGAGUACAUCUAUAAGAACGACGAUCAUCGAAGAAAACCCAUUGUCGCUGUCGACGACUGUGACAAUGCGAGACGAUGGCAUCCUGAAAAAUCUUUCUCACACAUUACCGUUAUCGCCGUCGCCGUCGCCGUCGCCGUCGUCGUCGCCGUCGCUAUCGACGUCACCUUCCCCUGACACCGGGUGGGAAUGUCCAAAUAUCACAAAAGCGGGCGUGGAGUGUUCUUGCGACUUCCCACAUACGCUCAGAUGUACUGGCGAUAGAACGGCACUACAGACUAUCAGCGAGCAUUUGAAACAUAGUCAACCGGACGCAAUAUCAUUGCUGGAUGUAACAGUGACGGGAAUUUCCAUAUUGCCAGCACAUUUUCUCGAGGACGUUGCUCUUCAUGGAUUAGUCGUCUCCACCGGCGAGUUACGACAUGUUGACGAGAAUGCGUUUACCACCCUGGCGCGACCAUUACAAGCGUUAGGAUUGCCCAGCAAUCUCCUAGAUUCGGUUCCCACAAUCGCGCUAUCGUAUCUAGUCGGUUUGGACCGAUUGGACCUAUCUCAUAAUAAAUUAAAAACAUUAGAAGCGGAUUCGUUCAAGGGACUGUCAAGUCUGACUUAUCUAGAUUUAUGUGACAAUCUGCUGUCACAAUUGUCACCGCAGGUUUUCCAGACUUUGCCAGCAUUGCGUUCGCUAAGAAUGCGUGGAAAUCGCCUGAGCGUUUCCGCCUUGUCUGCGUUGAGAGGUCUGAAGCGCUUGGAAGAAUUAGAUCUGUCCAACAAUCUACUACUGGGGCCGAUGAGUCCUAAUCUAUUACCACAAAUGCCCAAACUACAUUUCCUCACAGUCUCGGAAAACGGUCUCGUCAAUGUUCAACAGGGAGCUCUCAUGGGUCUCAGAAAUCUCACUUAUCUGAGCUUGAGCCAUAAUCAAAUCGACGUGCUGGAGGAUCAUUCGUUCAAGUAUCUAUCGACUUUGACACAAUUGGAUCUGGCAAACAAUCGCAUCGUUGCCGUGUCCAGUGCUUCCUUGGCUCAUUUAGAGAAAUUAAUUACUUUAGAUCUAACGCACAAUUUUCUACGAGCAUUGUCAGCCGAUCUCGUAGUGCCGUUGAAGAGUUUACAGGACUUACGAUUGGAUGACAAUGAUAUCACGAUUGUAGCAAACGAUGUGCUAACGUCAAAGCUGCGCCUCAAGAGGCUUUCCCUCGCGGACAAUCCAUUAAAUUGCGAUUGCACCUUGCUAGAGUUCGCUAAUUGGCUGACAAACUCGAGCCUGACGGAAGAGGACAAGUCAUCGGCGGUGUGCGCGACUCCACCUGCUCUGGAGAACGGUAUUCUGACGCAAGUACCGCCGGGCAGUCUGCUUUGUGGCGAGCCCACUCCGUCCAUGAUGAUCCGAGUACGUCUCAAAGAGUUCCACUACGACGAGUCCGGUGAUAUCAAUUUAUCAUGGCACGUGGAACGGUGCGCUGAACGUUACACUUGCGAUUCGCUGAUCGUUUACGAAACGAUCGGCGAUAACGAGACCCAAACGGUGUCCAGUCCGCUGCACUGCGAUUCCCGAGGGAUGCGAGAUCCCUGCGUCCUACCGGUCACCGUACCGUCAGCCUCCCUCUAUCUGCAAUUGGGUCACAAGUACCGUUAUUGCAUAGUUUUGUUAGUACCCACUGCCUACGACGAUGUGUCCCUUGCUCUCGGUUGUAGCGACGUCAUCGUUUUAGAGAAAACCCAACAAGGAAUAACGACGGAGGAUCCGCGCUACGCGAGAGAACAAGAUCGUCAUUCUUCGACGCAGUCGUCCACGUCGCCUCUCGACUCUUAUUCACGGAUUACCAGUGUUCACGUAAACGUAUCUGACAAAGGCUACUUGCACAUCGAUGUUCUUCUCUCCAGAAGCAAGGAUCCGACGACGACGACCUGCCAACUGUCUAUCGUCGUAUUCGACGAGGUUUCCGCGGUGCGUCAACAGAGACUCAAUUGUAGCGCCGCAUCAGUCACCGACGUGCAAGUAUCGUUACCGGGUUAUUACAGGGUGUGCGCCAGUUUGGAUCAACUUACCAAUAUUAUCGUUACAUCUAGCAAUUUGCUGGACAAUCGCGAGAGGUUUCGUUGCGUCGAAUUAGUUCAACAGAGUUACAGCAGGCGGAACAUCGAGGUGUUGGUCAUUAUGGCUGUAGUCGCUGCUACCGGUGCUCUCCUCGUUAUUCUUGCUGUUCUCGCUAGAAAUUUCGCGAGACGUCUGAGACAUCCGAGGAUACAGGCGCAAUGCUUUCUACCAGCUCAGGAAUUUGAAAUUACCCACAAAGCUCAUUAUAUUAAACUCCUGGCAACGACAAAAGUUUAAAUGAGAAUAGUGUUGAUGUUAAAUUCAAUAGUUUUUUUUUCUUUUUACAAUUCAAAAAAGAUAUAUAGAAGCAAAACUCUCAUAUACAUUUUCUCUUUCUCUCCAAACAUUGAAAUAGAUGUAUAAUUUUAAUCUAAAUAUAGAUUGAUAAACGAAUUAUUUCCAGAUGAGAAUGUGUAGUAAAAACUAACUUUAUGGAAUAUCUUGAAUUAUUUAUGUUUAUUUUAUGUUUUUAAUUAUAUGCGUUAAAGUUACACACUUCCAAUUCUGUAUUACGAGGGAAAGAGAGACAAUAAUCAUUCAAAUCUAUCCAUAUGUGAGUAUGUUUUUUUUUAGUUUCAUUAAAAUCCUGAGAAAUAGAAUAGGUUGCAAGUUUUGCUUCUAUACACCUCAAAUUUUUAUUCUCAAAGAUUGAUCUAAAUAAAUAUGUACAAUAUGCAAAGGACUUUAAUAGAUCAAUUUGUGGGAAUAAUUUUGUAAAAAGUGUUAUAAUUAUUUUUUCAGCAUCUAAAUAUUUUAAAUGUAAUGAAUUAUUUUUACAAAAUUUUCAUUAUAUCUUGAUUUUUACGUAUAGUCAAUAAUUUAAUACAGACACAUACAAACAAGUGUCUAACUUUGAGAAAAGAUAUCUUAAAUCUCACUUUGUAAUAUAUAUAUAUGAUGUGUACUAAUUCUCUUUUACUAUGUUACGUGCUGUAAAUAUGUUUUUUUUUUUAUCGUUUUUAAUGCACAUUACGUAUACCUUUGUACAGUAAUAAAUAUAUAUAUAUAUAUAUAUAUAUAUAUAUAUAUAUAAUUACUAUAUUAUAUUAUAUCUAACAAUUGUUUCGUUUUGUUUACUAAAUAAUAUCGAGUAGUGCGCGAGUUUCUCAGAAGACAAACAAGAGAAUAAAUAAACCUUUGAUUGAUAGAUAUAUAUAAUUUGAUCUUUCUGGCAGUUUUUCGUCCAUUUCAAUACAAGUAUAGAUAAAAAUAUCAUUUGAUAUAUUACCUCAAACAUAAGAAUACGUUGCAGUAACCAUUUAAGAUUGCGAUAUACGAAAUUGUUCCUGUUUCGUGUUCGUACAGUUUCGCAGAAAUUGAAAAAAAAAGAAACAUGUAGCGCCAUCUCUGAGAGAAUAAACCAAACAUCUAAAAAGACUUAUUUCUAACAGUUUGUUCUAUCGGCAGUCGAUUCGAUUAUUCUAUUUUAUAUAUAUUUUUGUUCCUUUUUCAUUCCUUAUCGUUCCUUUAAUCUGUCACAUCUGUCCAAUCUGUCAUACUGUUGUCAUAUACUACUUAUGCAUCCGUUUCAAAGGCUUUGUUUGAUAAAAAAACAAAGUUGUAAUUUCUGUAAAGAUUCUGUAAUAAGAUUGGUUCAAUCACAUUUCAAAUCCAGUAGGAAUUAAAG